AUGCGGAUGCACGCGACGAUUAGUUUCUCCCUUUGCCUUCUCGUCCUCCGCGCCCGUGCUCUUUCCCAACUCAAGAAUGAGGAAGAGGAACUCGAGCUGAAGUCUUCCAUCGCAGAUGAGUCUGAGGGAGCCAAAUAUCGAAGAGAAAAAUAUGCAAAGGAAUGCAAGGAAACCGCAGUGGAGAAAAGGCGUUUGACAUUCUUCAAACUUGACGACGCGUAUGCAGAUUCAAAGAACUCAGCAAUUGUUCCUGAAGACAUACUACUUGUGUCUGCUCUGGAAGGAUCACUCACUGCAGUUGGAAAGGAAACUGGUGCAGUGAGGUGGCGUUUUCAAUAUGAUCCAGUCAUCAAAGUUCUUUCUGAAACCAAGACAAGUCAGCUCUUCUUGCCGGAUCCAAAAGAUGGGUCCCUGUAUAUGCUGCAGACAGGGAGGAGUGGGAUGGCAACUGUGAAAAUGCUUCCAUUCACUAUCCCUGAAGUCAUCUCUGCUUCUCCAACUCUUGCAACUGAUGGCAUCUUCUUUUCUGGCAAAAAGGUGGAGAAAUGGAUUGCCAUUGAUAAUAGCACAGGUUUUGCCCAAGAGGUAUCAAACUUUGUUGACAGAUUUUGCCCAUUUGAUACACAGCACUCCCUUCUCAUUAGUCGCACUGACUAUACUAUCACAGUGUUGGACAGCCAUAAUCCCCAUCAAUCAUGGGAUUUGAUAUUUUCUGACUACUAUGCCAAUGAAAUGACUGCACCAAUGAUUGAGGGCUAUGAUUUGACCCACCUUGCUGGUAACUCUGAUGGGUAUCUGUUGACAUUGAAUCGAAAGGAUGGAAAGUUGCAUUGGAAGAGAGAUUUCCAGUCACCCAUUGUUGCCAUCUACCUCAUCCAGCAUGAAGGGCUUUUAAGAGUUCCUUUCACCACGUUGGCAUCUGACAUGCUGUCCGGCAUCAUCUCACGCCUCUCUGUAGAUGUUUGGAAAGCAAACUUCAUUGGAGAGAGGAAACUCCUGUCCACCUUGAAUAUCGGCCAGUAUGAGCAUGCCCUUUAUGUACUGCUUACAUUUGGGGAUGCAUCAAUAGUGGAAAUCAGUUCUGGACUUGUCCAUUCUCACAUCCUUCCCAUUCAACGGCCAAUUCAUGCUGAGAAAGAGUUUGCCCUACCAGCAGAGAAUCCUGCUCAAGAGUACCUAACCAAUGAGGAGUUGGAUUGGGUUUUGAUUGAUCACUGUGAAUGGCCAGGAAUGCAAUGCCAGAUUGCUGCACAGGGCCAAAAAGUUGGCUUUACUUGUCAGAACAAAGAGAUUGGCUUUGAAAUGGAUGUGAUACUCCCUGAUCCAUUUUUCCCUCUGUCCAGCGAAGUGAUUCAAAGAGGCCCAAAGAUGAUACCACGACGUAAAGAUGAGGGCAUAUGUGAUCCUUUGCGAUAUGAUAUCAUUCCAGCCAUUAUCAAAGACUUCUUCAACUUACUAGACAAAAUGCAGAGGAUCCUUCAAGCCUUAGACAUUGUCAGCCUCAUGGUCUAUAUAUUGCUAUCACUUCAUCAACCGAGUGGCAAGAUCAAAGUGGGAAAGAUACUUUUUUUCUCAAGUCAUGUCUUGGGCAAAGGUUGUGAUGGCACCUUUGUGUACAAAGGGGAGUUUGACAGCCGUCCUGUUGCAGUGAAACGGCUAUUGCCUGGCUGCUUCACAGUUGCUGAUCGAGAAGUGACACUUCUCAGGGAAUCUGACCAGCACCCUAAUGUUAUCAGGUAUUUUUGCAUGGAGCAAGACCAUCAAUUCCAUUAUACAGCCCUGGAGUUGUGUGCAGCUACAUUGCAGGAGUAUAUACAGGGAGAGUUUGAUCAGUCACUGAUUCAACCACUUCCCAUCCUGCAGCAGGCAACCUGUGGCCUCAAUCACCUCCAUUCCUUGGGCAUUGUCCACCGAGAUAUCAAGCCUUCAAACAUUUUGCUGUCCAUGCCAAUGUCAAAUGGAGAAGUGAGAGCCAAGAUAUCAGAUUUUGGUCUCUGCAAGAAGCUGCAGGCUGGGCAGAUGUCUUUUUCUCGGAAUUCAGGGGUUGCUGGCACAGAAGGAUGGAUUGCUCCUGAAAUGGCCCAUGAUGAUAAGAGGAGUACAUGGACUGUGGACAUCUUUUCCUUGGGUUGUGUCAUCUAUUAUGCCCUCACAAAAGGGAAUCAUCGAUUUGUGUAUUCAGCAGGUUGCAAAGACUACAUACGUAGUGGUGAUAGCCUGUUCUUGGCACUAAAUGAGGAGGACAAGGUAUUGGCCCAUCUGUUGGUAGAGGCCAUGAUCUCACAUGAACCUGGAAAGAGGCCCAGCACCAGUGUCAUUCUCAAAUUCCCUCUAUUCUGGUCUAAUAAGAAGAUCUGUGACUUCUUCCAGGAUGCAAGUGAUCGUGUGGAAAAGGCAGAAAAGGCAGAAAAGGCAAAAAAGGAAAGGGACAAGAGUGAUCUCCUGAAGAAUUUGGAGAGUGGUUCUGCUGGCAUUGUCCAAGAGAACUGGCUGAAAAAUCUGGGGCCUGCAUUUGUUGAUGAUCUUCAAAAAACUAGACGUCAAGCUUAUGAUGGCCGUAGUGUGAAGGAUCUUUUGCGAGCUGUGCGAAACAAGGUCAGUCAUCUUCAAGAUCUGCCUAAGGAAGUCCAGGAAGAGGUGGGAGACAACCGUGACAAGUUCAUCAGGUUCUGGAUCGCUUGCUUCCCCCUUCUCCUUCCACAUGUCUGGCUAGUCAUGCAGGCUGUCAAGCAUGAGCCCAUGUUCCAACAGUACUUUGAGGAGGACUAUUAUUGGUGA